AUGCUUUCACGUUACAUACACAAAACUUUCCAAAUUUUCCAUUUCCUUUUCUUCCAAUCACAAUUUCUCUCUUUCUAUUUCCUCUGCAAAUGGCGGAUUCCCAUACAAAAACCCCCUUAACUAUCGCCCUCGCCAUCCUCGCCAUCCUCGCCUUCGCUUCUCUCUUCUCUCCUGUUUCAUCUUAUAACCGCCCGCCACCUCGCCGGAACCUCUUCGUUCCUCGCCGUCGAGAUCUCGAUUCCCAUUCUCCAGAACAGGUUCAUAUAUCUCUUGUUGGUGUUGAUAAAAUGAGGAUAACAUGGCUAACGGAGGACUCUGCAGCAGCUGUGGUGGAAUAUGGCACAUCUCCUGGAGUUUACACCAAUCGUGAAAAUGGAACUACUUCCUCAUACAAAUAUGCAUUAUAUGAAUCUGGUAAUAUUCAUGAUGUAACCAUUGGUCCUCUCGAUCCCAACACCACUUAUUACUAUCAGUGCAGCUCGAACUCGGCCCGGAAUUUCAGUUUCAAAACCCCACCUGCUCAGCUCCCCAUCAAAUUUGUUGUCAUUGGUGAUCUUGGGCAGACAGAAUGGACGGAAACAACUCUUAAAAAUGUAGCGAAAUCAGACUAUGAUGUGCUCCUACUUCCCGGUGACUUGUCGUAUGCUGAUUACAUUCAGUCUCUAUGGGACUCUUUUGGCAGGCUCGUCGAGCCACUGGCCAGCCAAAGGCCAUGGAUGGUGACUCAUGGCAAUCAUGAAGUAGAGCGCAUCCCAUUGAUUCAUCCCCUCCCUUUCACAGCAUACAAUGCAAGAUGGCACAUGCCUUUCGAACAGAGCUCUUCAAGUUCCAACCUAUACUAUUCAUUCAACACGGCUGGUGUGCACGUUAUCAUGUUGGGAUCGUAUACCGAUUUCGACAAGAGUUCAGCUCAGUACGAAUGGCUCGUAGCGGACUUGAAGAAGAUUGAUCGUGCAACAACCCCAUGGAUUGUGGUGCUUCUUCAUGCUCCGUGGUAUAACUCCAACACUGCUCACCAGGGAGAGAAAGAGUCUGUUGACAUGAAGGCAGCCAUGGAAGAUCUGCUCUAUCAAGCUCGAGUAGACGUGGUGUUUGCUGGGCAUGUCCAUGCUUAUGAGCGCUUCACUCGUGUUUAUAAUGGGGAAGCAAACAAUUGUGCACCAAUAUAUAUCACAAUCGGCGACGGGGGCAACCGUGAAGGCCUUGCGAGCAAGUUUAUGGACCCGACGCCAACGAUUUCAUUAUUCAGGCAGGCAAGUUUUGGACAUGGCCGGUUUGAGGUGUUGAAUGCAACACAUGCACUCUGGAAAUGGCACAGGAACGAUGACGACGAAGUAGCUGUCGUUGGUGAUUCAUUAUGGUUUAAAAGCCUCUCUUCUGAUCCAGCUUGUAGAAUAUGAAUAUUGAAAAGGAAACAGAAACAAUCGUUUUUUUUUCAGUUUAGCUUUACACAUAUAUUCAAGGGAAAUGUAAGAAAUCAUCUCUGUUGAAUGAGUUUGUUUAUAUUCUCAUAGAGAGGACCGCAUGAAUUUCAUCUGCACUUUUGGCUCCGUCCUCCCUCACCAUUGAAGUGAAGAUCAGAUAAUGAAAAAGGCAAAUUAUAGAAUAAAUCUGCUUAGGUUAUUAAGGCACCGCAGUCUUCUUUUCUUACACACAUCAUUUGAAAUAAUACUUGGGUACACAGUUUAUAUUGAUUUGAACUUCCCUUUGUAAUAUGAUAUUCAGCAUAUAGUAUUUUUACAAUACAAGCAA